GACCCGAGAAGUAAACACAAGUUUAAGGUCCAUACCUACUCCAGCCCUACGUUCUGUGACCACUGUGGAUCCCUACUCUACGGGUUGAUACACCAGGGCAUGAGAUGUGACCAUUGUAUGAUGAACAUCCACAACCGAUGUGUGUCUAACGUUCCCAGUCUGUGUGGAACGGACCACACUGAGAGGAGAGGACGCAUCCAGAUCACCGCAGAUAUCAAGGACAACAAACUCACCGUCUACAUCCAGGAGGCUUGUAACCUGGUCCCCAUGGACCCUAACGGUCUGUCUGACCCCUACGUGAAGCUCAAACUCAUCCCGACCCCAAGAGUGACACCAAGCAGAAGACCAAGACCAUCAAGUUGUAACCUGAACCCCACCUGGAAUGAGAGCUUCACAUUUCCUCUGAAGGACUCUGAUAAGGACCGGCGUCUGUCGGUGGAGAUCUGGGACUGGGAUCUGACCAGCAGGAACGACUUCAUGGGAGCGCUCUCAUUCGGCAUCUCAGAGCUCCAGAAACAGGGAGUGGACGGAUGGUUUAAAUUGUUGUCCCAGGAGGAGGGAGAGUACUUUAAUGUUCCUGUCCAACCAGACGGAGAAGAUGGCAACGAGGAACUACGACAAAAGUUUGAGAGGGCUAAGAUUGGUCCCGGUAAGAACACAGACGGCUCCUCCUCUAACUCCACCUCUAAGUACGAUAGCAACGGUAACCAGGACCGCGUCAAACUGACAGACUUCAACUUCAUUAUGGUGUUGGGCAAGGGCAGCUUCGGGAAGGUGAUGUUAGCAGAGCGUAAAGGAGCAGACGAGCUGUACGCUGUAAAGAUCCUGAAGAAGGACGUGGUGAUUCAGGAUGAUGAUGUGGAGUGCACCAUGGUGGAGAAGAGGGUCCUGGCCCUGUCCGGGAAACCUCCCUUCCUCACACAGCUCCACUCCUGCUUCCAGACCAUGGACAGGUUAUAUUUUGUGAUGGAGUAUAUCAACGGAGGAGACCUCAUGUAUCAGAUCCAGCAGGUCGGCAAGUUCAAGGAACCCCACGCUGUUUUCUAUGCUGCAGAGAUCUCCAUCGGCCUCCUCUUCCUCCAUUCCAAAGGCAUCGUUUACCGGGAUCUGAAGCUGGACAACGUCAUGCUGGAUGCAGAAGGCCACAUUAAGAUCGCGGACUUUGGGAUGUGCAAAGAGAACAUGUUAGACGGUGUCACCACCAAGACCUUCUGUGGGACCCCAGACUACAUCGCUCCUGAGAUCAUAGCGUACCAGCCCUAUGGGAAGUCUGUGGACUGGUGGGCCUUUGGAGUUCUGCUCUACGAGAUGCUGGCUGGACAGCCUCCGUUCGAUGGUGAGGACGAGGAUGAGUUGUUUCAGUCCAUCAUGGAGCAUCACGUCUCCUACCCCAAGUCCAUGUCCAAGGAGGCUGUCGCCAUCUGCAAAGGGUUGAUGACUAAGCACCCAGGGAAGCGUCUGGGCUGUGGUCCGGAGGGGGAGAGGGAUAUAAAGGAGCACGCUUUCUUCCGCUACAUGGACUGGGACAAACUGGAGAACAAGGAAGUCCAGCCGCCCUUCAAACCCAAAGCUUGCGGUCGCGAGGCAGAGAACUUUGAUCGUUUCUUUACACGCCACCCCCCCAUCCUGACCCCCCCCGACCAGGAGGUCAUCAUGAACCUGGACCAGGAAGAGUUCCAGGGAUUCUCAUUCGUUAACCCAGAGUACCCCGACAUGGACUGACCCAUCACAGCGCUGCAUUAGCUCCGUGAUCCUGCCCCUCUUCCAGAUCUCAUAUCAUUUCGUCACCAGGAUAUAGUUUAGGACCAAAGGGGUGUAUCCCAGUUGUCUCUCCUCCCUCUUGAGCGUGCACUUGUUCACUACUCCUGAGUGGCGCGGCCGUCUAGUGGCAUCUCAGUGCACGAAGCGUCACUACAGUGCCUGGUUUGAAUCCAGGCUGUGUCACAUCCGGCCGUGAUUGGGAGUCCUAAUAGGGCGGCGCACAAUUGGCCCAGCGUCGUCCGGGUUUUGGCCUGGGGGGUAGGUCGUCAUUGUAAAUAAUAAUUUGUUCUUUAACUGACUUGCCUAGUUAAAUAAAGAUUAAAUACAAAAAAAAAAUUAUAAACACAAAUAUAAAACAUUAUUGGUGUUAACCUGGAGUAGAGCUUCCAUUUACCACUCAUUUCCUUUCAAGUGAGGAAGUGUGUACUUUGGGAGGAAGAGAAUUGGGACAUAGCCUCAUCCCUACCCAUAUCUACUGUUCUAACCUAAACACAGAUCUAGGAUCAGAUUCCCCGUGCCCCUAGUCUACCCAUAUCUACUGUUCUAAUCUAAACACAGAUCUAGGAUCAGAUUCCCCGUGCCCCUAGUCUUAACUACCCAUAUCUACUGUUCUAACCUAAACACAGAUCUAGGAUCAGAUUCCCCGUGCCCCUAGUCUACCCAUAUCUACUGUUCUAAUCUAAACACAGAUCUAGGAUCAGAUUCCCCAUGCCCCUAGUCUACCCAUAUCUACUGUUCUAAUCUAAACACAGAUCUAGGAUCAGAUUCCCCAUGCCCCUAGUCUACCCAUAUCUACUGUUCUAACCUAAACACAGAUCUAGGAUCAGAUUCCCCAUGCCCCUAGUCUACCCAUAUCUACUGUUCUAAUCUAAACACAGAUCUAGGAUCAGAUUCCCCAUGCCCCUAGUCUUAACUACCCAUAUCUACUGUUCUAACUUAAACACAGAUCUAGGAUCAGAUUCCCCGUGCCCCUAGUCUUAACUACCCAUAUCUACUGUUCUAACCUAAACACAGAUCUAGGAUCAGAUUCCCCGUGCCCCUAGUCUACCCAUAUCUACUGUUCUAACCUAAACACAGAUCUAGGAUCAGAUUCCCCGUGCCCCUAGUCUACCCAUAUCUACUGUUCUAACCUAAACACAGAUCUAGGAUCAGAUUCCCCGUGCCCCUAGUCUACCCAUAUCUACUGUUCUAAUCUAAACACAGAUCUAGGAUCAGAUUCCCCAUGCCCCUAGUCUACCCAUAUCUACUGUUCUAAUCUAAACACAGAUCUAGGAUCAGAUUCCCCAUGCCCCUAGUCUUAACCUGAACCAUUACGGAGAUCUGACCUCUGAUCAGCGGUUAAAGACAACUUCUACUCAAAACAGAGCAGACGGACCCAUGUGUACGAAAUCCUACAACAACAAAAAAAUGCUGAAUCGAUCGAUUUUCAACUAAUCGCUAAUCAAAUCAAUGAGUUUACAUUCCCACCAUCAACCAAUCAAAUGACCUCCCAACUGUUACUGGGACCAAUAUUGAUCGACUGAUCGAACUGAUCGACUUUCUUACUGUUUAAUGAUCAAUUAGGGUGUUGCUGUUUUAUUUUUAUUGAUUAGGGAUCCCCCAUUAGGGAUUUAGAACUGUUAUGAAAUGUUAGCAUCGUGCUAUUACAACGAGGGAGGCCUCCUUGGUACUGUCACCACCACCACCACCUCACACACCAUGUUAUAUUACUGUCAAACUGUGCCAAAGCAGGGUCAGAGUUCAGGGUCCAGUGUCCUCCGAUUACGGGGAGACACACGGCAGCCAUUUUGUGCCACAGAGCCCAAACAACCCCACACCUCAGAAUAGCAUUCACUGCAACUGGAAACGCACGGACACACCAGGGCUCAUCUCCAAUAGUCUUGUCAACCCGGUCCAACCACACAUCUCUAGAUAUCGCUCUGAGACCAGGGCCCGUUCCCCAUAGUGACCUGCUAUUGACCAGGGAGGGCCCAUUCCCCAUAGUGACCUGCUAUUGACCAGGGCCCAUUCCCCAUAGUGACCUGCUAUUGACCAGGGCCCGUUCCCCAUAGUGACCUGCUAUUGACCAGGGCCCAUUCCCUCUAUAGUGACCUGCUAUUGACCAGGGCCCAUUCUCCAUAGUGACCUGCUAUUGACCAGGGCCCAUUCUCCAUAGUGACCUGCUAUUGACCAGGGCCCGUUCCCCAUAGUGACCUGCUAUUGACCAGGGAGGGCCCAUUCCCUCUAUAGUGACCUGCUAUUGACCAGGGCCCAUUCUCCAUAGUGACCUGCUAUUGACCAGGGCCCAUUCUCCAUAGUGACCUGCUAUUGACCAGGGCCCGUUCCCCAUAGUGACCUGCUAUUGACCAGGGAGGGCCCAUUCCCUCUAUAGUGACCUGCUAUUGACCAGGGAGGGCCCAUUCCCUCUAUAGUGACCUGCUAUUGACCAGGGAGGGCCCAUUCCCUCUAUAGUGACCUGCUAUAGGGCCCAUUCCCUCUAUAGUGACCUGCUAUAGGGCCCAUUCCCUCUAUAGUGACCUGCUAUAGGGCCCUGGCUCAGUAGAAAGUAGUGCACUGCAUAGGGAAUAGGGUGUGAUUUCAGAUGCUGUCUAGGAAUUAUCUGACCACUGCCAAACAGAGAUGUUGUUGUUUAUACUUGGGUGGUUAGUUAACCAGGGUGGUUAGUUAACCAGGGUGGUUAGUUAGUACUUGGUUAGUUAACCAGGGUGGUUAGUUAGUACUUGGUUAGUUAACCAGGGUGGUUAGUUAGUACUUGGUUAGUUAACCAGGGUGGUUAGUUCGUACUGGUUUAGUUAACCAGGGGAGUUAGUUCGUACUGGUUUAGUUAACCAGGGUGGUUAGUUAGUACUAGGUUAGUUAACCAGGGUGGUUAGUUAGUACUAGGUUAGUUAACUGGUUAUUAGUACCGGGGGACGUGUUCUGUAUCUGUUUAAGAGAGUUCUGAUUAUAUUACCAUGCUGUUAAAUGUGUCAAACUGGAAAAUAAAAGGGAAGGGAUUUUUUCUUUCUUGUGUCAAGAGUGACUGAGGAUGAUGAUGAUGAGGAGGAGGAUGACGAUGAUGAUGAUGAUGAUAGCUGAAUCUUGUUUUGUGUGUCCGCUGAGCUAAAGGCCUUAUCUGAACUUGGGGAGUUAACUCUACUGAAUGAUAAUGAUGAUGAUGAUGAUAGCUGAAUCUUGUUUUGUGUGUCCGCUGAGCUAAAGGCCUUAUCUGAACUUGGGGAGUUAACUCUACUGAAUUAUAAUGAUGAUGAUGAUGAUGAUAGCUGAAUCUUGUUUUGUGUGUCCGCUGAGCUAAAGGCCUUAUCUGAACUUGGGGGAGUUAACUCUACUGAAUUAUGAUGAUGAUGAUGAUGAUGAUGAUAGCUGAAUCUUGUUUUGUGUGGGGAGUUAACUCAAGCCUCUGCUGUCUUACAGGAAACGUACAGAGGUUUGUAACGAUGUAGGGAGAGGGGGUGUGUCUUGUACGUGUAAAUCUGUCUUCUGAUUGGAUAAUAUAAUAUAACUCAACUCAC